UCCGAACUUCAAGGAAGAUAAAUGAGAUGAGAAAGCAUUUCGUCUUCUCAGUACAACUGGAAAGAAGAUGCAGAAGAUUUGAAUUGGAUUUUGAGGAGAGAGACAACAUAAUUCAAAACUGUAAUCAAGAAUAUGAUGUUCUUUUGAAGGAAAAAAAUAGACUAGAGAUUGCUCUAAAGGAACAAGAUAAUGCUAUACAAAAUAUGCAUAAGAAAAUGGAAAAACUAGAAUCAGAACACCUUGAUUGCUCUAAUCUUCUACGGCGACAAACAAGUGAACUUGAAUUAAGCUCUACUCGAGAGGAAUUACUUAGAAAAGAAUAUGAGGCAGCCACUGUGAAAGUGAAGAAAUUAGAGGAAAAUAUUGAAGCAGAAAGAGCAGCACACCUGGAAUCUAAAUUUAACUCUGAAAUUAUCCAGUUACGAAUUCGAGACCUUGAAGGAGCCUUGCAAGUAGAAAAGGCAAGCCAGGCAGAAGCUGUGGCUGAUUUGGAAAUGAUCAAGAAUGAGUUCAAAGAAGUUGAAAGUGCAUAUGAGCGAGAAAAACAUAAUUCACAAGAGACCUUUGCAAAACUGAAAAUAUUAGAAAGAGAGUGUUUCUCUAAAAACAAGAAACUAAAUGAAGAGAUCGAGGAACAGAAGAAAGUAAUUAUGGACCUCUCAAAGAGACUUCAGAGUAAUGAAAAAAGUUUCAGUGAAUUACAGGAAGAACUAGCAAUGGCUAAGAAGCACCAGGCCUGUCUAACAGAGAUGAAUGAAAAGAAUGUGAAAGAGUUGGAGUUGCUCUUAGACAGCUUUGCUGGGUCUGGCCAGCGGACAUCAGGCGUCCACAAGGACGAAGAUAAAGCUCCCAGCUUCUCUGUUGUCCUUGAGACUUUGAGGCGUACCUUGACAGAUUACCAGAACAAGCUGGAAGAUGCAUCUAAUGAGCUAAACUUCCUGCAAAUGACUUCUGAAAAAACACUUAGGGAACUUGAUGCUACCAAACAGGAGAUGGAAUGUCAAAGCAAAAGUCUAAAGGAAGCACAGGAUAAACUGGUUAAUGUCAAUCAAGAGUUAAAUCACUUGCGAAAUAAGUAUGCAGACAGAGAAUCCAUAAUAGGUACUUUAAAAGUAGAACUCCAAAAUGUUCUUCACUGUUGGGAGAAAGAGAAAAUGCGAGUAACACAAUCUGAAAAUGAAAUCCAGAAGCUUUCCCAGGCUUUCCAUAAGGAUAUUGAGGAGAAGCUAACCUUCCUUCAUACUUUAUAUCAGCACUUGGUAGCAGGUUGUGUGCUUAUAAAACAACCAGAAGGCAUGCUGGAUAAAUUCUCUUGGUCUGAGCUUUGUGCAGUCUUGCAGGAGAAUGUUGAUGCCCUGAUCUUAGACCUCAACAGGGCUAAUGAGAAGAUAUCUCAUCUAGAAUAUAUUUGUAAAAACAAGUCUGAUACUCUGAGGGAGCUUCACCAGACCCAGGAAGACACUUUUAAUAAAGUGGCAGAACAGAUUAAAGCACAGGAGAGCUCUUGGCAGAAACAAAAGAAGGAUUUGGAGCAGCACUAUACUGAACUCCUCCGGGAGGUUCAGAUGAAGGCACAGAAAUAUCAAGAAAUUGCUGAAAACAAUGUGGAAAAGUCAGCCCUUAUGGAAAAAUCUAAUGAACAGUUGAUUCUUGAAAAUUCACAGUUCAAAAAUAUGUUAGCUGAGACUCAAAAGGAACAUACGUCCCUAUUGGCAGCUUGUGCAUUAAUGUCUGGUGCUUUAUAUCCUUUAUAUAGUCGAUCAUGUGCCUUGUCAUCACAAAGAGACUUUCUUCAGGAUCAGGUUAACACGUACGACAUACUUAAACAGGAAAUUAGAACUCUGGUUCAGGCUUUGUCUGAUGUAGAAGAAAAGAAGCAAAAUGAAGCCAAGUUAAAGAAAAAACAUUUCAAAGGAUUGAUAUGUGUAUUCCGGAAAGGCGUUAUUGCUGUUUUGGCAGCAAAAAGACUUCAGAUUCUUGGCCAAAAGUGUGGCUCUCUUUUUACAUGGAUGGAGAGUUUCAAAGAAGGCAUAGGGAUCUUAGUAUGUACAGGAGAACCCAAAGAGAACCAUAAUUUGCCAAGACAUCGAACAGAGCAGAUGCGUUGCCUUCAAGCAGUUAGUUGGCUUACUAGUUCUGAACUUCUUGCUGCAGUAAUUAGUUCUAUGGCUGAGUUACAGGAAGUGGUUUGUAAAACAGAUCCAAAUUCUAGGCUUUGUGGACAUUUACUUAUAAGCGCAGCCAGGAAUUCCUUUGCAAAACUCAUGGAUAAAAUUAGCUUGGCAAUGGAGAACGUACCACUGGGCAGUAGUAGAAGUUUUACAUACACGGAAAAGGAUUCCCUGGUUCAGAGAUUGGCCCGAGGACUUCAUAAAGUUAACACAGAAGCCUUGAAAUAUGGUCUAAGUGGCCCUAUGCCCAUUAUGAAAAGUAUAGAAUGUUUGCAAAAGCAAAUAUAUGAAUUUACCCAAAGAUUGCAUGCAGCAGAAGUAGAACGUCGUUCGCUCCGCUUAGAGGUCUCAGAAUUUAAAAGGAAUGUACAUGAUAUGAAAAAAGAGAUUGACAAAGCCCAGAUCCUCCAGAUGCAAUUAAAAGAAUUUAAGCAGUCUAAAUUGAUCACCCAUGAGAGGUUUGAAAGUGCCUGUGAAGAACUGAAUAAUGCAUUACUUCGGGAACAGCAGGCCCAAAUGCUUCUGAAUGAACAAGCACAACAGCUUCAGGAGUUAAAUUAUAGACUAGAAUUGCACUCUAGUGAGGAAGCGGACAAAAACCAAACCCUUGGUGAAGCUGUUAAGAGUCUCUCUGAGGCAAAGAUGGAGCUGAGAAGAAAAGAUCAAUCUUUGCGUCAGCUCAAUAGACAUCUUACCCAGCUGGAGCAGGACAAGCGGCGACUAGAGGAGAGCAUCCAUGAUGCAGAGAGUGCCCUCCGCAUGGCAGCAAAAGACAAAGAAUGUGUUGCUAAUCAUAUGAGAUCAGUGGAAAGUGCUCUUCAUAAGGUCAGAGAUCAGAUCUCGCUGUCACGGACUGCGGCAAGCAGGAAUGACUUCACCCUGCAGCUACCCAAACUGCACCUGGAGACCCUUGCAUUGGAGGGGCUGAAGGGCGGGCCAGAGGUUGUAGCAUGCCAGGCUAUGAUUAAAAGUUUCAUGGAUGUGUACCAACUUGCAAGUUCUAGAAUUGCUACAUUAGAGAAGGAAAUGACAUCUCAUCGAAACCACAUUUCAGCCCUGAAAUCAGAGCUCCAAACAGCUUGUCUACGUGAAAAUGAAAGUUUACACUCAGGAUCACGAGACCAUUCAAAUGUCUCCAUUUCUUCAAGAAGUACUCUUCAUGCCGACCGAAACAUGAACGGGGAUUUCUUGCCACUGAAAGCUGAACUCGACACAACUUAUACUUUCUUAAAGGAAGCAUUUGUAAAUAGUUUACCCCGUUCUCAGGCUUCCCAUUCCCCUGCUGUGAAUAUAUCUACUAAUUCCAAAAGAACAAUACAAAAUGGAUUCUGAUUUAUAUGAAAAUAACAUGGAAGUUAUAUUUAAGAAUUAAAAUGCUAUGUGGAAGAUUUUCUUAUCAUUUAAAUUUUGUUUCAGUAUAUGUGACAAUGAUUUGUCUUUUUUUAUUAUUAAUUUGUGUUAUUCUUCAAUGUCUGCCUCUGUGUGUGUGUGUGUGUGUGUGUGUAUGUGUGUGUGUGUGUGUGUGUCCUUGCAUAAUGAAAUAACCAACUUGGGUUUUUUAAAGUUUUAUUUAUUAUCAUAGUUGCUCAUUUUUAUGUAACAUAUUUUUAAAUGUUAAAGAAUGACACAUUUUGGGUAAUUUUCCUCAGACUUAAAAAAAUCAAUAAGCCAUUUUAGUCUCUAUCUAUCAAAGUUGUUUCAUACUUGUCUAUUUUAAAGCAGGGCUGCAAUACUUUAAUAGGAUCGAGAGAGCUAUUUGAAAUGUAUGCCAAUGAUUCCUGUCAUUUCAUGGCAGCCCUGCCAUGGUUCACUGAGCCCCCUCUUCUCUCUUGUCAGCUCAACUGAAGACAAGCAUUUAGUUGCAAACUUUAAGCAGGUUGUGCAAAACAGAAAUGAUGUGACUGCUUCUCCUCCUGCACAAUAAUGUCACUCCUGGUCAAUGUGAGAAGGUCAGGGUGCUCCUUGUAAAGCUACAUGAUACCAUUUGCCCAUUUGAACAAGUUAAGUUAACUGCUGAAUCUGGUCCCUGCAGGCGUUGAAAACUCCUCCUUUUAUCAACUCUGCAUUUGAUAAGAAAGUCGAACAAUUGUGCAGGGAGAAUUUCAAUGGUAGGUUUAUGUACUUUAUAAGGACAGUUCCCAAACCAGUGUUGCAGGUAAUAUAUUUAGUAUAAGCCGCAAGACUUUAAGGUAAUGGCUGCCUUGACCUUCAAAAUAGACUCCUUUUUUGUUGUUGUUGGUAGGACCCAAGAGUGACGCCCAUCUUUGAUGCUGACAGAAUUUAAAACAAGGCCAUUGCCCUGCAUUUUCUGCCUUGUAGCACACAAAAGUAAAAUUGUAUGUCAGGCCGAGAUGUCGGGGAGCUGACAAGAUGCCCCAGUGACAUUUCAGCUGGAAAGAGCAAGUGUCUUGCAACCAAGUGGUCAAAUAUCAAAUAAUAGGUCAAGCAGGAAGGAGCUGAGUUCUAACCACAAAGAGGUUUCUGGUAACUUACUUGACAAGCAUUUGGGUGCUUUGUGGCUUGACAAAGUGAUGUUCUGUUGGGUAUCGCUAGACAGACUGUUCUUUAUCGCCUUCAGAAGAUCAGACAUUGACAUUGAUUAAACUCUUUAACCCUUAAAGGUUAAAUCCUCACAGUUUGCAUCAUGGUAAGUGAAGAACAAAAGAAAAUUUGUAAUAUGUAAUUUGCUUUUGUAUUAAUCAUUGUACUCCCCAGUGCUAUUAACUUUUGAUGGUCACUAUUGUUUUCAAAAGUGUUCUGAUACAAAAUCCAUAUAUUAGAUUGCUUUUCAUCAUGAAAUAGUAAUACAUUAGAAAAUAACAUUAUAUUUUAUGGAAUUUAUGAUAUCUUAUGCUUCAUUCAAUGUGGCCUUUGAUUCUAAUGACUGAAAAUUAUCUUAUUACUAAUGGCAAAUAAAAUUGAUGCACAAAUAUGUAUAUUAGCAAAAUUAACCAAGUGAUGUUUAUCUCAUCUGAAGUAACAAAGCAAACAUUUUCCCUAAUAGUCAAUAUACUCUCUAAAGGAGGGCAUUUUAUAUAAUGGGUCAUUUUGCAUAUUUGCUUUUUGUAUAUUUUUGUAUAUAUGCUUUUUUGUUAAACUGGAUAUUCUAUCAAAUAGUUCACAAUUUAUUUAUAUUAAGUUUUCCCCAAACCUCCAUUCCUCCCCUCCCCUUUUUUAUCUAUGUAUUCUGAGAGGUGGUAUGGUAUAGUAGAAAGAACAUUAGACUCAAAGUCCAAAGACCUGGGUUCAAAUCUUUCCAAUGAUAGUUCCUCACUGUAUGAUUUUUGAGAAAGUCACUUCACCUCUUGGUGCUAGUUUCCUUAUCCAUAGGAUGAGGUUUAUACUACUUACCUCUCCAGCAAAGUUUGAUAUAAACCUUGGUAUGCUACAUAAAUGUCUCUUAGCAUCAUCUGUAUCGUCAUCGUGGUCAUCAUCGUCUUGUAUUUUUACAUGGCUACAGUUUCAACUUUCAAAUUAAUUACAACCCAGGUAAAAUAAUUUAUUUCUUCUAUUUUAUGUAAAUAAUAGACAAUAUUCUCCUCAACUCAAAAGUUUCAUUUUCCUUUUCCAUUCAGUGAUCAGGACAUUGUAAAUGUUAAGGAUGCUGAUAUUGGUGUUUGUUAUUUUGAUGCUUGUACUAUCCACAACCUUACCCUUUAGCAAGGAGUUAUGUUCUAGUAUAUAAGUAAAAGAUAUUGUGUAUAUAUAAGAAUUGUCGGACUUCUGUAAACUUUAUCUCUGAUACACCCUUCCUCAUUUUAAUAUGCCACACAAUAUAUUAGGAGAGAAAAAUUCCAGAAUGAUUUCUAAUUCACAAGUAAGCUUGUCCACAUUUACCAUAUACCAUUUAUUAAAAGGCCAAAGAAAUGGCGUUGAGCCAUUAUCAUACCACUGCAUUCACUACCAAAUGUACUGUUAUAUUUAUACCAUAUGCUUCCCCCACCCUACAAAAGUCAGGCCCAGCAGGAGGAAAAGAUUUAAUGGCAUAUCCUAUGGAGAUCUGAGAAACUCUAGACUGCUUCUGAGCACCUUGGUGACCAAUAGCUGCAUAUUUGAGAUCUGUAUUGCAUUGGCAAGAACUACAGCUAUAUCAGCUUCCUAACCUCCUUAAGAAUGAUCUAUAGAGUAUCCUUUUCUCAAGAGGAUAAGCUCAAAUAUUUUUGUAGAGGGAAGGAAGUUUUACUUUCCAUGUCAACAUGUGGAUUUGUUACUGACCUUCUGUGAUCUAGAAAAAUAUUCUACAUCUACCAUCACAUGAAAGGGACCAUGAAGAAACUAUGCUGAUACUUGAGUCACACUUCUUUACAGAUGUGUAUGCCAGGAUUUUCAUUAUAAACUCUUAUUUUGGAAGGACACAUUUCAAAGUCAAGCAGAUUCAUAAUUUGCAAAAAUUGACACUUAAAGAUGAUUUAAUUAUAAACUCAAUGAAUUGUUUUUAAGUACAAGAAUAAUCACUUUAAGUUUAAUUGGCCCUCAUUAAAUUUAGCAAUCAUUUUGAUUAUUUUUUAUUCACAAAACAUGGUAUAAUUAAAUAUAUUACAAAAUCAAAACUAUUUACAGGCUAAUUUCUUAACCUAUAACAUCCAGAUUCAUUCAACCCAUAAAAUCCACAAUCUGUCUCAACCUUCAUAGUCUGGCUCUAGGAAGCUUGACAGUCUUAUUUCACAUUAUUACUCCUCAUUCACUCUGUAUUCCACUCAAACUAGAUUACCAAAUUUUACUAAACUCAGUGUCUCCACUCUUAUCUCUGUGCCACUAGCCAUCUCCCAUACCUAGGAUACCAACCCUCUUUAUCACUGCUUUUCAGCAUUAGGUUGUGAGCUCCUUCAGUGCAGUCAGUUUUUUACCUUUCUUUGUAUCUUUGGUGCAGUGAGUGAUUGGCACAAAGUAGGCUGUUAAUAAAUGUUUAUUGACUAAUAAUGCUUACUGUCCCUUAAGAUAUACUGACGGGCCACCUCUUUUAUGAAGUCUCCUCUGAUCCCCCCAAAAUUCUGAUUCCUCCUGUACUUUGCAUGUUACCUUGUAUUUGCUCAUCAAUUGUGCUCCCUAUUCCCCAUUCCAGUAUAAUGUAAACUCCUUGAGGACAGGAACGCUUGGGUUGUGUCUUUGUAUUCCUGGUGCUUAAUGUGGUGUGGAAUUGAAUGGAAUUCUCUUCAUUAUGUCACAGGUUUAGAAAAUCAGAUUUCCCCAUGAACUUUAUAUUAGUCAGUUCUGUAAUCUAGAAAUAAUGGAAACAUUAAAUGUAAAAAGUGGGAAGAAACCCCCGAAAUUUUAUAAGUCUUUUUCUCAGUUAUAUGAAUGAAUUUUCAGGGGGGAAAAAAGUUGUUUUAAAGAGUCUUA